ACAGCCAUACACCCAGAGGAGCCCUGGGUAAGGGUCAGUGCCCUGCACUGGUGUAGGUACAGCCUGUCCAUCCUUCAAAUAAAUGCUGGUUAAUGGUGUAAAACUCCUCAGUGCAGGCUCCUGCUGCUCUUGCCUGCAUGGAUGGAUGCACUUGCAUGGUCUGAGCUGAGGUGAUGUUACAUGUUGUCAGGUUACUCUGUCCUUGACAUGGGGCAGCCCAGGGAUGUUUAAUAAACUGUGACAGUUACUGUAAUAGCACUCUCCACACUCUGAAGAGAUCAUGGAUUUUUGGUGUCUACCUGAUUUAGCUUUUGGGUUUUUUUCCCAUCAAUAGGUUGAGAUUUUCUUUGGUGUCAGUUUCAAAAGAGUAAAGGAGAGAAUUUGGAAAAAAUGCCAUCUAUGACUUCUGAUGGCUGGAAAAAGCAAGGACAGUUAGCAAGGCCACACAUGGCUCUGUGGUCCAGGGGAAUUUCCUGAGGAGGGCAUUCACAGCUGUCUGUGGCACUUUUGCAGGAACAGGGAGGAACCCAUCUCUGCCACAGCCGUGAUGGGGCCAGCAGCUACCUGAUGCUCCUGGGGCUGAGUAGGGCCCUCAGCAAAUGUCAGAACUUGUCAGUGAGAAGGGGAGAUUUUUCUCACUGUAACAAAUUUUUGAGACAAGCAAGGAAAUUUUCCAGAAAGCUCUCCUGAGAAAAACUAGCUGAGCUGUGGUGGCGAAAUGGUAAAAAUGAAAAACCAACUCAUAGCUCAGGAAACGAAACCAAGGCUCCUGCAGCAAAAGUGGUGACUGCAGGUCCAGGGAGAAAGCCCAGGAUGGACGAGAUGGAACAAGGCCCAAGAGGGAAGAGCUCUGGUCACGCGCUGCAGACACCAUCCACGCGGCCAGCUCUGCCUGCAGCUGGAGCUUUUAUGACCUCAGAAGAGGAAGAGCUGAAAUGAAACCAAGGGCUUUGCCUGCUCUGAGCUUCUCCAGAGCGAGGCUCAAAGGAGGGGACGGGCGCUUCCAGCAAGGCCUGUGUGCAUCGCCCGUCACUCCCGGGGCAGGGCCGCUCCCGGCUGCCGCCGGCUCCCCUGCGAGCGGGGCCGGGCAGAGACCCCGCUCCGGCUGGGAGGGAAGCGAGGAUCCCUGCUCAGCCGGGAGCCCUGGGAAGGGGGUGCCGGCAGGCAGCGGUGAGCGCUCAGCAGGAGCAGGUGAGGAGAAAUCCAUGGAGUGCCAGCGGCGGGACCGGCUUGCGCAGCCACAGAGCCCUCUGGUGUUGCCUGCUGGGCUGCAGACCGGCCAGAAGAGCAGCCUGCUCCUUUCACGGCAACAAGCAAGAUUAAUGGUAACAGUGCAAAGAGCAAGUGAAUGCAAAGCCUGUAGGAGAGGUCACAGAGCAUCUUGUUGUGCCACAUGGUGUUGUAGCUCUCCUGAAAGCUACCAGAGAGUCAUGGAUGUACCUGGGGUACCUGAGGUCACUCAGCUGAAAAUCAGAGCCAUGAGGCAAAGUGGGAUGAAGGUGAAUGUCAGCAGGUCAAUCUACCACCAAAAAGGAAGGGAGAGAAGAAUAUGGGCUGCUCUGAACCAGCCCCAUUAGGGCACCAGUUUUCUGGGGCAAGGACCACAGCCAAACACAGCCAUUGCAAAAGACCAGGACAGGGAUGGGCCCAGGAUGAUCCCCUCUGCUUUAGACCACAGCCUGUAUUCACUGUUGUGUUCGGUCCCAGUCAGAAAGGGACAAUUUAUACUUUACCAAAGCCAACCUUUCCCUCCUCGAGGAGAGUUUUGGGUUAGCAGCAGCCUCCUUCCCCUCUCGUGUUGGUAGAAGUUGUGCCACUGCUGCCAUGAGGCUUCACUUUGUGGCUUGGAGUGACUUCAGGUGUGACUUCUCCAGGGGGUCCUCCCUGAACUCAAGUUACUGAAGUUUGAGAGGCCUGGCAGUGCAGCUCAGCAGUGUGGCUGAGGGAAGAACCAUAAAUUAGUUCUUGUUUUGGCUAUGGUCUUUCAACACCUUUCUAGAUAACUUUCAAUUAUCUAGAGAGGGGUGGAAAAGAGAAAAUUGUGUUUAAAGAUCUCAGUGGCCCAAAGAGGAAAACUGCCAAUGUGCAAAAUUUCAUUAACUUGCAAGGCAGCAAGACAGAGUCCCCCAGGCCAAACUGCAAAUCUGCAAAUCAUGGUGUAAGGUAGAGGUGAAUAAUAAAGUAGUGGAAAAGGAGAACAGAGGGAACAGUACUGAUGGUUCCCAUCACUCCUUGUUAAGGCUGCUCUGAGAGUCCACUGAAAUACCCAGGAACACAGCCUUGGUUUUGGGUGAGUGGGAACACUCUGGACCCAGCUUCUCCAGGCCUCCCUCUGUGCAGAAGAUGUGCUGGCACUGUCACAGCCACAUACUGCAGGAAGAAAGCUGCACAAGGAAGAAAAACUUACUCUAUUGCAGCCCUGAAUGUUUCUAAGAAGAGAAACUGCUACCUAGCCUAGUGUCUGCACUCCUGCUCUGCUGCCUCAAAAAGCUUCCUGAAUUAGGCUCCCAAUUGUCUGUAAAAAGUGCAAGGCAAACGUGAGAGUUACAAACCCACACCCUGUUGGGCAACUGCCCUAUGCUGGUACAAACACUGGGUAGGCCUUAGCUCCAGAUGAGAAAACUGUCCAGUAAGGAUCCAGGACUGGUGAGAUUCAGUGGACAUUUUGUUUAGGAGAACAUAAAAAGAGUUUUGUUUAAAUGUACUUAACGAAGAAAUCCAAGUCACCUCAGGCUGGAAUUUGAAAGUCUGAAUUCAAUUCAGAUGAAUUUUUAAAGAUCCAUUCAUAAUGCCUUAAAGGGUUUGUGUAUGAGGAAUGUUUUUAGUUUUUUCCACCGUCCUUCCAAAAACAAGGGAGAGUUCCUUCUGCCACGUUUUUUCUCUAUUUCACAGUGGGCUCAAUCAGCAGAACUGGGGACCACCCUCAUGGGACCAAGACUUCAAAGAUAUAAAUAUAUCUAUAGGUGCAAGCCACUGAAUUCAAACUCAGCAUCCACCACUUGUCAUUCAGGAGGAACCAUGCACACUGAUGGGAUUUGAGAUCAACAGCAAUUUGGAGUGGAGACUGUAGCUGAGGAGAGAAUGAAGGUACAGGAGACUUCAUGAAAACAAAAGGAAACGUCCAUUUACAAUGGACAGACUCGGUAUUGAAGACCUUGCUUACACACAAAUGUCAAGCUGAAUUCUACAUUUGAUUCUGCUGCCUUCAUCUAAUGAUCAAGUGUAAAAGAGCCACAGCAAUCUGAAGGUAUGGCUCCUGGGAAACACACCCAAUUUGUUCUUACCAGAUAACUUCCACAGCCAGUAGCAGACCUCUGAAAAGCCCAGAACAGAAGGCCUCUCAGAUCCAAGCAAUUUAAAUUCAAUGAAUGUGAUUUGGCUUGAAGUUAGUUCCCUAGGAAGUAAUGAAAGAGGUAAUUAAAACACUGGACAACUGCUUUAAGUAAAACAUUAUGCAUUAGAGUAAAAGCAUUUCAGAUGAACUGUUUCCAGGCCAUGAAAGCCAGCUCUGUGUCUUUCUGUGUGUCACUACAGUGACCCAGUUCCAGAUGGGGGAACGAGACUUCCUUUCUGAAGGUCCCACCACAGCCUGCUUCUGCUUGAGAAGGAGGAGAGAGACACAUAUUAGAACAUGUAGAAACAGUCAUGAAAUGUUAAGAUUUUCCUUAACUCACUCCUCUCUAACAACUUUACUCCCUGAUUGCAGCCUCUCUCACCUAACCUCCUCUGUCAUCCUCAAAGACCUGCCCUCAACUUUCAUCUGGUAGAAAAGUGGAAAAAAAGAAUCCCUCUUCCCUGAAGGAGGUGGAUUCCUUUGAGUUAAAGAUCUGUGGGAUGCUGGGAGGGUGCACUGAGGGUGAAAAGGGGCAAAGUCUUGGACAAUGGAAUUUGAUCAGCACCUUCCUCUUGAGAAAGCAAAAAAAUACUGCUGGUGUCAGGAAGAGAGUAAGUCCCAGCCAUGUCAAGGAAAAUGCUCUGAAGGCAGCAGCAGAGCAGGCAGAAAAUGGUUCUCUGAAUAGAAGUGGGAAAACAUUUACAAUUCAGUCAAGGAACUGGGCAAUUUGCAACUUCCUAAAAGCUACUUCCCAGGAAAAAAAAAUCCUCACCCAAUCAUUAAAAAUAUAAAAGACCCCCUUUAAAUAAAUAUACCUAUGUGAAGGUGAAUGGCAGCAGAACAACAUUUGUGCAGGCACCAGUGCUCCCACACAUACACAUCAUGAUAGUAUUUUUAAAGACUAUUAAAUGGAAAUGUGUAAUUGCAACUCUGUAGUGGGUUUGAGAACACCCUAACUACCAAUGGCAUCAGUGCAAUCAGCCUCCAUGCUGAGAUUUUUUUUCCUUCAACCUUCUGUUUUUACUAGGUGACAGUAAAUCUCAUUUAACCUGCAAAUACUGAUCCUCAGUUAAGAUAAAAUAAUCUGACCCUGGAAAUGUCUCACCCUGAACACCCAAAUGAAUCACAUGAAGGAAAGUACUUGCUGCCUUUUCCUGUGGAAUGAGUGAAGGGUUAGGCAUGUCUUCCUUGCUCACAAAAUGCCUUAGAAGCUGUUUUUGCUGUGGCACUGAUUCUGCAGCCCAGCCGGUGUGAAUGGGACUGCCAGUGUGUACAAGGGAUGCAGAGAUGAGGCAGGCUUGGCAGGGAGGAACUGCUGUCACUCUCUUUUAUGGCAUUGUGGGAUGUUCCUGUUGCAGGUUCUGUAACUCAGACCUUUGUGGGUUGGCAGGAUCCUUUCCUGAUCUUUUGACUUGAGGCUGAUGCAAGGAGAUUGUGCCUCAGGAAGGAAUGGCCUGCCAACACCACACUGUGCCUUUAAUAUCACAGUGAGAGGAAUCAGGACUAAUCAGGAAAUAAAUCAGGUUUUCAUCAUUGAAACUGAGAGACCGUUUCACCUCUGCAAAUCAGUGCAUCGGUGCGAUGAAAACACAAUUAAUAUCUUCUAGAAAUUCCCUGGGUGCAUCUUUCCAUCAAGAUUAUAGGCAAUAAAAUUAUUAAUGUUUCAAAACAAUUAGGCCAUAAUGAAAAUUAGUAAACUUUCCCCGUCCUUCUGCCAUUAUUAUUGAUUAAUUCCAUCACCGAAACUUUACUGAGAACAUUUUUAAGUAGGACAAACAUUAGUAAGGCAUAAUUCAAGUAGAUUUGAACUUGCCUUAAUGACCUAGUGACAUCUUGAGAUCCUUUCCAGAACAGUUUUUCUCCCAAAGCAUUUUGAAAAUCUGUUUUCUCAGCAGUGAUUUGUAUUCAUUUCACAUGGGUAGAGAUGAGGACACUAGCUUCUUGAAAUAGGGAAGUCAAUCUCUAACACAUUCAGAUCAGGUCCAUUUUAAACUUUUAGAUAUAGAGAUAUUCAAACACCUGAAAAAUAUCUUACUUUGACAUAGUGCAUGCCAUUUCAUUGAUUUUUAGCAAGAAACAUUUCCUAUUUGAUGCAUUCUGGUUCUAAACUACUAAUUGAUAAGUAAGCUUAAAACAUACAGUAAAACUGUAGUUCAACAUUUUUUUCAUUCUGCUAAUUUUAAUUAUUUCUUCUUCCACUUUAUUUAGCAUUUCAAUUGCAGUUUGUCUUGAAUGACUUAGAAGGAAAUACUUUUGCAGAACAAUAAAUUAUAAUUUCCUUCAUGUAAAACAAUUUUUCUUUUCUCAAUCAAACACAAACCAAGCAAAAAGCUAGAGAAGAUAUCAGGUAUUGUUUUCCCAUAUUCCUUCUGACAAGAUGAAUUUUUGAAUUUCCUUUCAUUAGGACUUUACAUAGCUUGUUUUAUACGACUUCUUCAUAAUCUUUUAAUCACAUACAGACUAACCUUAAGUACUCUUCUAAAUCUCUCUAUUUGUAAACAGUAGGAAAAAUAGUAUAGAAAACAGUACAACAAAACAAGUUAUCUGGCUUUUUGUUUUUCUCUGUGUGAUGCUUCCCUUCUGUAUAGGGACUUGUGCCUUUGGGUCUGGAGGUGCCGGAAGAUGUUUGCAAGCACAGGAGGCUGAAACCACUGUUUGUGUUUAUGUUCCAAGGACCACUUGGACCUGAAGACCCUGGAUAGCCUCAGAUGCAGUUGUCUAAGGAUUUCUCUUAAACAAUUUUCCUUCCAAGGACCUUAAAGCAUGGUGUGCUACCCAGGAUUUUUCAUUCCCAGCAGUUAAGCACUUUGUCUGGUGAGAAGAGCAGAAGGAAAUCAGUUAACAUGGCAUCAACCCUGAGCAACAUGGGAACCAGAGGACCUUUGCUAGAGCAGAUGAAGGAGAGCAAAGAGGAUGUUUCCAUUUUGGCUGAGGUGGUUUUUGGAGGUAUGGGGAUACAGUUAUGGCCACUUCUCUCAGGCCCAGCAGCAGCAUGAAUUUUAAGUGGGGUUUUCUGGGACAGCACACAUCUGCUCAGCUCUGUGUCAGGAACAGAUAAAAAUCUGUCUCUUGGCUCCACACACGUGACAGCCCUCAAGGAGACUGGGAAGGAGGCAUCUGCUGUUGGCCACUGCUUGACAGGAGGGACUGCACUAGCCUGCCAAGAUGCAAAAGGCCAUUUGCUGACCACUGGGCAUUAUGGAAAGACGGCGUGAAGUUCUGUCUGUUCUACAUGCAGAAAUUUGUUACAGUGGAUGAUCAUGAACCAGCCAGAAGCAAAGAAACAAGGAAAGAGAAAGAGGGAGAAACUGUACAGGUGUGCUGCUGUUGUGUGUUCUGCUAUCUGUGCCCUGAUACCCUGAGUACUUCACUCUGCACUGAGGAAAAGCAGCAAUAUCAAAAGCUGCCCCUGGCCACACCAGAAUUCAAUCCAGCCUGUGUUGGAGUGACCUGUUUGUGAUCUACUGCUCUGACCUUGCUGCAGAUUUAUGGCUUCUUGCCUGAGACAGUGCAAGGAGUCAUAAAAAGUUUUUGAUUUUUUCUUUUUAAUUCUAUACUGCUGCCAUCAAUAGCUCCUCUUUGGAUGUGUUCUGCAAGCCUGUGAAAUAAAACAACACCCAGACCUCUUCACACUUCUAUCAUUUUCUCUUCUACUAUCUUGUUGUGUCAUGUAGGAACCAUAAAAGAAUAAAAACUCAGCAAACUCUCCUACCAGUUCAUGAUGCACUCUAAGUACAUUUUUAUAGCAAAUUUAUUGUCAAUGAGCCCAAAUUACUCUUGGAAAUCAUCAUAAAAGGCAUAAAAAGGCUGAUACUGUAUAUUUGAUAUACUCUGGAGGCUAUCUCCAAGAUGGAAGUGCAAUUUUGAGAAACAUCCACAAUUACUGUGGGAUGGUGAUUUCUGAGUACAUGGUGCGUUUGUGGUUUGGGCAUGCAUCACAUUUAUGGGCCAGUCCAAUACUCAUCUUUGAGAGGAUGGAAUUUGUACCCUUCUGUAACAAUAAAAAUCAUUUUGCUGAGAAGAUGUCUUCAGAUUUCUUCUCUUUGUUACUGUAAAAUACUGUCAUUAAAUGUAUAGGAGAUAAUCAACCUUUCUUCUCUAUUUCUUAGUUGUACAGACAAGGCUUCUUUCAGAAAAAAAUUGGAAUUGCAUGAAGCAAAUAAGCAAGGCAGGGAAGUUUUUAAUAGUUCUAGGAAAUUAUAUUAAUUAUAAAAAUAACAGCAAUAGUAAUAUUACUACUAACUCAGCAACCAUAAUUUCUAACCAGUAAUUCACACUACAGUGAAGUUAAUAGAACUUCUCAGGGUUGUAAGAACCUGCUGACCCCAUAACAUGUUGCAAAUUCCACAAACGUGAUACCUCCCAGACAUGCCUUUGCAGAAAUUUCUAAGGAAUAUUUUAUUAAUUAAGAGUCACAGCUGUCAUUGGAGACAGAAAAAGUAUUUAAACAACAUAUAACACUUUUUUCUGCCUCUCUGCUCUUCUGUCUCCAAGAUAGAUAGAAAUGGACUUCCAUGUGACUGCUGACAACUUCAUGGCCAUUGAUUUCCUUCAGAGCAAAGUCAACAUUUGCUGUUCAUGCAUGCACUCUCACAGCAGCAGAGUAAAUUAAUAUUAAAGACAUACAAUAUAUAAUUAUAAUUCUCUGUCAAGUGAGAAUUUUGUUUUUAUCUUACAGAUGGCAAAGGAAGGCGAAAAGCAGCUGAGCAUUAACAAUCAGGCAGCUGCCAUGCAGUACAGUCCUGACAAAUUAUUUUAACUCCCCUUGGUGUGCAAGUGUUUGAGGGAAUCACAGUUUCCUCCCCUCAAAUCUAUCAGGUGUUGUUAUCUCUGUAGAUUUACAUACCACCAAUGCUUAAAAACAUUACAUUGGUGUGCUGGGAAUCAACAGAGCCUCCCAUCAGUUGGACUCAUCUCUUUUUUGUGUUUGUUUCUCCAGAUAAGCUCAGUCCUCAGGUAAAGUACACAAGACCUAGGGAGCUCCAACCAAUUUUUUCAUACUCAUCCCAAAAUAAAAAAUUUGCAAAUAGUGGAUUGAAGGGGAAUGGACAAGUUGACAGAACAAGAAAUUCAUGGAAGAUACAGAAAACAGCAAAACCACAUCUGACUCAGGAAGGCUCAGAGUUCAAGUUUCCCUCAAAUAUUCUUCUAAUUUCUAGCAUAUUUUCACAAUCUCUUCUGUAAUCUUUGUCCUUCCCCUAGCCUUACUAUUUCUUUGGCAGCUGGGUUUGGGCGCUGCUGGGGGUGGUCUACAUGGAUAUUUUUUUCUCACACAGCACAUCUGAGUAGCUUAAUAUGUUCAUGGGUUCUUGGGAAAAAAACUUGAGGUUCACUAGGCUCCUCAGUGAGCUUUGUGUCCAUAUAAGAAACCCACAAAUUUCUGUGAUCAGCAGAGUAUAACAUUCUCUAUAUAUAGUCGUGGUUAGGCAAGUGAUAAAUCCUACUGAAAUGCAGGUAUUCUGGAUGUGCUAUGAGGGGUCCAAAGAGGUAGUGGUCAUCUUUAAAGAUGUUCCCAUUUUUCCCCCCUCUUGUAAUACUGAAAGUAUUUCUUGGAGGCUUUUCUGAACAAAUGCAAUAUGAAAAUGCUGAAGAACCUAGCCAAAGUACUUCCUAAAACAUCUGUCAUGACUGAGCUUUAUUUUCAUGUCUGAAUUUUCAGUCUGAACUGUGGCUUGAAUCAUUCAUAUAUCAGUACUCUUAGAAGAACCAAAUUGUGUUCAGAAGCUUUUGCAUCAUAUUUGGAAUUCCAUGAGACUCUUUGAACAUGUGACUCCAAGAAUUAAAUUUGUAGGUUGUGUAUGUCAAUAAAUGAUGUCUCUUUCCUGUUUGUUUCAAAGGAAGACAUUGCUCAGAAUGGGAGGAAUUUGUGUGGGCUCCUUGUAUUGCCGUGAAUCUCAGAAAUAAAGUUAAAUAGAUGGGGAAAGGCUAUGUUGGCAUGGUUGCAGCUUGGGAAGCCAUAGCUGAGCUACUUUUGAGCUGCUGAUACUACUGGAGACAGAGCAACAAGAUUCAGUAUGAGAGGGAAUGGAUAUUGCAGCCACCAGCUUGGGUUGAACUUCAAGUUAAAAAAUUCCCUUUCCUUUUGCAUAUCUGGCUGUCCUAAUGCAAUUACCUGUACAGCACUCCUGAAGGGUCAGCAAGUGCUAUUAGACUUGACAACAAACUGUCUGCCAGGACAACCUUUCCAUGGAAAAUCUGUGCUUAGUUCAGAAUGCUGGAAGCCUGGGCAGACAGUGUAACAUGGAUGGUAAGGAUGAACCAGCAGGAGUGACUGCAGGGUGAGUGGCUUCCCUUGCCCCCAGCACAUUGUAAUUUCCCAUGAGUCAUCUGGAAGAUAUUAACAGUCACCUAAGCCAUGCCAAAAAUAACAUCUGUUUCUCCUGCUGAAACUAGUGACAUUUAACUAUAGAGGAGAAAUGUAAAUAUCGUUGAAAUAUCUCCACUUCUGAAAAGUUCCUUUCAUAUCCACAAGUAGCUGCCAGAUUUAUCAAAUAAUAAAUCAAAGUCACAUCUCUCCAAAUAGGAAAAUGGCAACCCAUAAAUAUCUGGACCAACCAUUACCAGGCACAAGUACAUUGUAUUAGGGAAGGGUUCCAUCAGACAGAACACGGUCAGCAAAAUCCAGCUCCAUGUUCUGCAAGAGGCUUCCUUUGCACAUUUCUGUACAAAAGCAAGUUUUCCUGUGGCUUUUCUGGUCCAGCCUUCAUGCCACAGAAGGCUUCUGUCAGGACGAUGCAGCUCUUUCCACCACCCUGAGGAACUCAGCAGAUCAUCACUAGAAUGUGGUGUGUCAAAAACCUGCAGCCCUCUAAGAAUCUAGCCUAUGAAUAUUUAUGUUAAUUUUUAUUUGUGAUUCUCAUUAUAAAUAUUUUAAUUGCAUAAUUUGUAAAAUUUGUUUUUUUCAUGGACUAUA